UUAAACGAGCCUGUUUAAUUGUGUUUUAGAAUAGCUCAAUACAACUUGUAAAGUAACAAGGCUGGGUGUUUAGCGUAGGGGUGGUUUCUAUAUGUAUUCAAGCGAAAUUAAAAGGAAACGCGAAGGAUUCUUCUCUGGCAUUUAUUAACGGAACUAGUGCUGCUACAAAAUUUCAGGUGGCUAUCUUUUUUAUUCUUAUUUCUCUUUAUAAAACUCCAUUUGAAUUGUUGUAUAUGUAUCAGGUAGAUUAUGCGCCAUUUGGAAAAAAAAAGAGGAUCUCACGAUAUAGUUUUGGAAUUGGAGAAGGGUAGAGCCGAAGGAGAGAAACUGAAUGAUGAUUUCACGCAAGUAAAAAUGUGUCUAGGCAAAAACGUUUCUAGGCAAAAACGAAUUAACAACCUAACUCGAUCCAACACUCAAAAAGUUCCGAGACUUUUAUCAAAAUAGAAAGGAAGCCCUGAGACAAAGCUGUGUAUUUCUAAUACUUCGUUUAAUUUAUUAAUUACAUUGCCGACGUUAAACCGAAAAAAUCACAGUGGUUAUGGCCAGUCGUUACUUCUUUUCCAUUUUAACUGAUGGUUCACAAGCCAGAAAGACUGGUAACGAUAAAGGGAUGGUAUUAACCAGAACUGAGAAGAAUGGCAUACCAAUGUAUUUUGUAGCUUUAUUGCUUGAAAUGUCAGAUUGGGGAGGUACAGAUGCUGCAUUGCUAAAAAAUGGAAUUGAUAGCAUUUUUAUGGAGCAUGGUUCAAUCCACCUUGACCCAAACACCUACACAAACAAAUUUGUAGGCUGCAUUUCUGAUGGAGCAAGCAUAAAUUUUAGAGCUACUAGGACAGGCUGUUUUAACUAUUUAUAACUUUUCUUCCUACCAAUAUAGUUUAAUUCUGUC